AUCAAGAUGGGCUUCUGCCAAUCAAUAGAAAACCUCCUCAAGAUAUAAAACAGAGUCAUUAAGAUCCAGUGCCACUGCUCCCGCAAUGCGGGUAGUUAACAGUUAACAAAAGAUGAUCGACAAGCGAAUCUACGGCCACCACGACCACGACAGGCGUAAUUCAGAUCUUUGAACAUCAAGUAUUCGCAAUGCAAACUCUAAAGCUUCGAACAGGAAAGAAGGAGUGAGUGUCCGAUUGGUUGGAAGUAGGAAAUCACAUCGACUUCACAGUGAAGAGAAGAGGAAGACAAAGGAGAGAGAAUGGGAAAAACCAGAGAGUGGUAGUCUGGUAGAGGAUUCAUGGGCCUAACUAGGAGAAUUAUAUGUUAUAAAAAAGAAGGCUUUGUUCUCAGAUUUGUUAUUAUUUCCGUCAGAUCUUUAAUAUUGUUCCUCACCAGCUUUUUCGUCUCAAAGAUUUCAUUUCUGGAGAACGUCCUUGGUUUUUUCCGCUGGUCCUCGUGACGGUCAGAAACGAUCGGAUCGGAUAGAGAAAGGAACCGGAUCCAAUGACUCACGGUGGGGAAAAGAAAGCGGGAGGCUUUGACGGAAGCCCGCGCGACCACUCCCUCCAGGAGCUUCCCUGGAGCGCUUACCGCCCUUCACAUUCUGUGGACGAUCUCUCUUUCCCUCUCUCUCUCUCUCUCUCUUUAUUCUCCUCCCUCUCUAAAAUUUGGCGUGUUGAUGAACUUGAUUGUUGAAAAGGAGAAAUGAUUGCUUAUGCCAACUCAAAACGGUUUUUCUUUCGUCAGAUGAAUCUCAAAAUAUUUUGAAGCAAAUCUGUGGAUUCUUUUGCGGAUCAUUUCUGCAAAUGUUGGAAUGCCUAUAGUUUCUCGCAUACAUUAGAUGCUUCUGUUACGAAGAGGCGAAUGAGGUAAAUGUGCUGAAGAUGCACGCACUGACCACAGCCUGUGUUUGCUGGCUCGGUGAUAAGAAGGAUGUUGUGUUGCAGGCUGGAUUACAUAAAGCUUCAAACGCUAGGUUUAAGGCUUUCGAUUGCUUGAAUGUGGUGCAUAAAGCAGUGAAGAGUUCUUCACUGGGGCGGUUUAAUAGCAAGUGGCAGUUCAUACGCCCUGUUUGUUCUUCAUCGGGGGAUGACUAUCGCUCCUCCCGGAAUAUUGCAGUCAGCAUUUUCAGGCGGUACAGAAAUUUUGUUGAACGUGGUGGUAUUGACAACCUUAAGGAGUUUAUUAGUGCUGGAGUAAAUGCAUAUGCUUUGGGUUGUACCGAUGAGGGUUUGCGAAGGGAACUCAUGGACUUGAAAGGCUCUGGAGGGCAUGUAGAAGGGGUACAGGCUUACGGUGGAACGACAAGCUUGAAGUCGAAAACCUUCUCUGAAGAGGUAGAGGAGUGUAUUUUGUGGCUGAGCAUUGUGUUUAUUACCAUCUUAUGCACGCCACAACCAACUAUAGUUAGAUGGUCAUCCACACCUCCUGUAUCUGAUGAAAUCAAGCUUCAAUGGAAAGGAUUUUGUGCUCUCAUAGCCAAUGCAUAUUUCGUAAAAGGAAUGGCGUGGCUUCCAGUAAAGACACUUCAGCUAGAACAAAUGGCAGUCAUGGGAACUGCUGAAGCCCCAUCAAUUGUUGCCAGUCGAAUGCAGUUGGUGUUUAGUACGCUAGAGGUCGUUUGUCCCCAAUGGCCGAGAGUUUAGCAAAGUUCUUCUUCUAAUGGCAAUGUAAUUGUUUAGCAUCAUCAAAUGCAAUGUAAUUAUUUGGUGAUUGCAUAUCGAACUCUUUGUAUAUACCGGAGCGAGUCAUUACUCCCAUUUGCUGCAGGUUUGUAAAUUUGAAUAGCUGCAGGGCGGAGAGAAAAAUAGACAUCAUGUUAACCAGCGAAAGGAUGUUUGAUCGUGCAGUAGAGCUAGAUUCCUUUUCCUGUGU